GGGUCCACGGCACCUUUACGAUCUUCCGCCUGUACAAUCCAAUUCUUCCUCCAACGUGUAUGUCAACCUGGACUGACGAUUCAUCUCUCUGUCAUCCGAUCAUCUCUCUCUCUCUUUCUCUCGACAGGAAUCACCAAUUGCACAAGUCACGGGAGAAUACAUCUAUCUCUUCAUUGCUUUUUUCAGAAUUCUCAUCAAUUACUGUUAAGAUUCUCAUCCAUAUCAACAAAUCACCCUGAGAAUAACCCUAAUUUCGCAUUUUCUUUGCGAUUUGGGCACCGAAGGGUGUCUGUAUGGUUUAAUUUUGCGUAUUUGGUUGAAGGAAACUCGAGAUUGGUGGCACAAUGAAGGCCAUGGUGAGUAUACAAGAUCUUAUUGAGGAAGUCAAAGUUCGAACGGUUUAUUGGGGGCUAUGUAUUUUCGCCGUAACAUACUUGUUGACGCAUACUAGUAAAUCAAUGUGGAUGAAUUUGCCUCUAGCAGUACUAUUUGUUGCUGUGUUACGGAUUUUGUUUAAUGAAGUAGAGAUCAGGCAAAAGGUGCAACAGACUUUUCGGCAAACGUAUUUGUCACAUUUGGAAAAGAAACAAUUGUCUAUUAAUGACUCUCGGCUUUCAGCAUUACCUCCACCUCCUAAAUGGAAGAAAAAAAUCGACUCACCUGUAAUCGAGGCUGCAAUGGCGGACUUCAUUGAUAAAGUUCUGCGGGAUUUUGUAACAGAUAUGUGGUAUUCUGAUAUUACAGAUGAUAAAGAAGGCCCUGAGCUGAUUCGAAGUGUUGUGAUGGAUGUUCUUGGUGAAAUAUCUCAUAGGCUGAAGGAAAUAAAUCUAGUUGAUUUGUUGACAAGGGAUAUAGUUAACUUAAUAGGGGAUCACAUAGAUCUUUUCAGAAGAAAUCAAGCUGCUAUUGGUGUGGAUGUAAUGGGGACCCUCUCUUCAGAAGAAAGGGAUGAACGAUUGAAACACCAUUUAAUGGCUUCUCAUGAGCUCCAUCCUGCACUGGCUUCACCUGAGAGUGAGUAUAAGGUUCUGCAACGGCUUGUUAGUGGGUUAUUGGCUGUUGUUUUGAGACCACGUGAAGCCCAAUGCCCUUUGGUUCGGUGCAUUGCCCGUGAAAUUGUAACAUGCUUGAUUAUGCAACCUAUUAUGACCUUUGCAAGUCCAACGUAUGUCAAUGAGUUGAUUGAACACGUUUUGCUUAUAAUCAAGGAUUUUGUGAAGAAAGAGACAGACCAGUCAUCUAAUGCAGGAGCUUCUAAUCCUAACAAUGCCUCUGCUUCAAUUGUCCCAUCUGCCGAACUUACCUCAAAAAAUGAUGCUUCCAGCCAUGAUGCUGCAAACGAAAUGGCCUUGUCAAAAACCAACAAUUAUAAGGAGAUCUUGGAUGCUUCACUGAGUUCCAAUUCAGAAGUGUUUGGUGAAGAAAGUUUGCAUCUUCCAUCUGCUGAAUGGGCGAGAAAUUUAGAAGCAGCGACCCAGAGAAGAACAGAAGUGCUAACGCCUGAAAAUCUUGAAAACAUGUGGACGAAAGGGAGAAAUUAUAAAAAUAAAGCUCAUAAGAUUGAUGCAGCGGCGGGUCCUCAAACUUCUGUUGUUGGUACAGAAUCGAAAGCACUGGUGCAGCCACCAAGCAAACUGUCAACUGACACAAGGCUAUAUGAUGGAGAAAACAAAGAGGUGUACACACCUUAUAAUGAAGAUUUACAACUUAUUGAAAGUGCAUCACUUCACAAUGAUUUGGGAAACCUUACUUCAGCUGCAAAUAAAAUCACCCUUAAAAGAUCAAAUAGUACUAAUUCUUUAACAGUUCAACCUACCAAUGGUGGUGGAGGUCCCAUUAUUUCUGAGUUCUUCAAUUCAGAUUUUGAAAGGACUAACAAGUGGCAGAAUUCUAGUAGUUCUACAGUUGUGUUGCGUAGUGAAGUUGUGCAUAAUCCAAAACUUAGGUGCCGGGUUAUUGGGGCAUACUUUGAGAAACUUGGAUCAAAAUCUUUUGCAGUUUAUUCAAUUGCAGUUGCUGCGGCAGAUAACAACACUUGGUUUGUGAAAAGAAGAUACAGGAAUUUCGAGAGAUUACAUCGUCAACUUAAAGAUAUCCCUAAUUACACUUUACAUUUGCCACCAAAAAGAAUAUUCUCUUCGAGCACAGAGGAUGCUUUCGUCCACCAGCGUUGCAUUCAACUGGACAAGUAUCUACAAGAACUCUUGUUGAUUGCAAACAUUGCUGAGCAACAUGAGGUGUGGGACUUUCUGAGUGUUUCCUCUAAGAAUUACUCCUUUGGAAGAACUUCAUCAGGGAUCAAAACCUUUGCUGUUAACGUAGACGACGCAAUGGACGACAUUGUGCGGCAGUUUAAAGGGGUUUCUGAUGGUUUAAUGCGUAAAGUUGUUGGUUCAACAUCCCCUCCUCGCGAGACACCCACUUCAGCUACUUCCAUGAACUUAUCAUGGAUUCCCGAUGAAGUCAGGAAUGAUAUAUUACUGCUACCUGCUGGGGGUUCACCAAAAAAACUGUCUGACAGUGAAGAAGGUGAUAAACAUGGUGAAAAGGAGGCCCAUGUGGAGGAUGAGGAGUCCAGUGCUCAGACUAGUGGAUGGCAUUCAGAUAAUGAACUGAACACGAAAGGAUUCCCUCCAAGGAUUAUUAGGCAUGGUGAAAGGCAUAGAAGUUUAGGCACUAAUGAUCAGCAUAAUUUGCAGAGCAACUCUAUUACCCUUGAUGAGUAUCUAGCAGCAAAUGGAUCUGGCUCCUCCAAUCAAUUGGGAGAUCCUAUUGGAGUUCCACCUGAGUGGGCACCACCUAACUUAAGUGUACCUAUGUUGAAUUUGGUUGACAAAGUAUUUCAGCUUAACAGAAGAGGUUGGCUACGGAGACAGGUUUUCUGGAUAUCAAAACAAAUUUUACAAUUGAUGAUGGAAGAUGCAAUUGAUGAUUGGCUUCUUAGGCAAAUUCAGUGGCUCCGUAAAGAUGAUGUUAUUGCUCAGGGGAUCCACUUGCUAAAAGAUAUUCUUUGGCCUGGUGGCAUAUUUUUUACAAAAUUAAGAAUUCAGAAUGAGACUGAUGAUUGCUCAAGCAGCGACCAACCCCGUGGUAAGGGCCCUAAACAAAUUUCAUUUCAGCAACAGCUUGAGAAUGCUCGUCGGGCCAGUGACAUCAAGAAGAUGUUGUUUAAUGGAGCUCCUAGUGCACUUGUAAGCUUGAUUGGUUAUAAGCAGUACAAGCGUGUUGCAAAAGACAUAUAUUAUUUCCUUCAAUCAACUGUCUGCCUGAAGCAACUUGCUUAUGCAAUACUUGAACUGGUCUUGAUAUCAAUAUUUCCCGAAAUGCGAGAAGUCGUUCUCCACAUAAACCAGAAAAUGAAGCCCCAUCCUGAAUAGCUAGCUACGUUUUUGACAGUUGGAUUGAAGAAUUGAUGGCCGAUGGAGAUUCAUAUUUUUUUGUUCCUCGCUUAAAGUGUACAGGACCCGAUAUACUACUGUUUUAUUUUCUGUAUAGGCUAUUUAUAUUUAUCAUAGUAUUUUUUUGUUCUUUC